AUGCAACAAAAAUAAAUUCAUGAAACCUAAACAUUACGUAGAUGUGGACUUCAUGCAGUCAACAAUUUACUUUAAUAAAAUAAAUACACUAGGUAAGAUUUCGAAAAUAUAGCAGAAGAAAUUAAAUUAGAAACAGCCCAAUCUCAUUAUACAUAUUUUUUUGGAAAUUAUGAUUUGAAUGUUAUUUAACGGGCAUUGCUUAAAGAAAAAUAUGAAUUAGAAUGGAUUAGAAAAAAUCAAACAAUUACAGAGGAACUACUUUCUGAUGAAAAUGUUUAUGGACUUAUAAUAAAUAAAGUGAAAUAAAUAUCAUUUAUUGAGAGAUUAUGUUAAUGGGAACCUAGACAUUGGAUUUCAAUUAGAAAAAAUAUCAAAUCUGAUAAUUCAUUUGAAUUUAGUUAUCAUGAUUCAUUAUUAAAUGUUCCAAUGACUCAGAAGAUAAUAGAAUUAAUUAAAUUAUUGUAAGAAUUAUAAUAGAACUAAGAUAAUUAUCUUUUAUUAGUAAAGAAAAUAUAAAUUAAUUGA